AUGGGAGAAAAUAACGACGAAGUUAGUCUUACAGACGUUGUGGUGGCUCAGCCCACCGUAGCGGAACAGAAUGAACUGAUCGCGCAACUGAUGCAACAGAUAGCUGAAAUGAGAGUUGAAAUGCAACAGAGACAGGAUUCGCCUCCGUCCGGAUUUGGCCCUAAUUUUUUUGAUGCAAGACCUCCGAUUUACUUCCCUUCAUCAAACGUGGAUCCAACUCAGAACCAGCCGUCAACACCUGGGCAUAAUCCGUCUGCGAUAGAUCUAACAACCCGAAACCCCCAGUAUGCUUCUGUGCACGGUUCCGAGUUUGAUCACUACGAGGAACAGGAGAGAGAAUGGAAGGCAAGAGAAGAAGCAAAGAUCGACAUAAAGGAGGAGAUCAAAAGGGCUAUGAAAGAGCUGCAGUGCAUCCCAGACGUCGCCGGACUGAGUUAUGCAGAAUUGUGUAUCCACCCAGAUUUGAACCUUCCCGAAGGGUUCAAAAUUCCGAAGUUUGAUACCUUCGGAGGAGUAGGCAACCCCAUGGCGCAUUUGAGAGCGUACUGUGACCAGCUCGUGGGAGUUGGCAAAGAUGAGGCCUUAUUGUUGCGGCUUUUCAGCCGGAGUCUGUGUGGGGAGGCCUUCGAGUGGUUUAUGUCACACGAAACUAGGCAGUGGCCCAGUUGGAGCGCGUUAGCUAAAGUCUUCAUUGACCGAUUUGCGUACAAUGUUGAGAUAGUUCCUGAUCGGUAUUCUCUAGAGAAGAUGAAGCAGAAACCGACUGAAAGCUAUCGGGAAUUUGCCUACAGAUGGAGGAAAGAAGCAGCAAGGGUGAGGCCUCCAAUGACCGAAAAAGAGUUUGUAGAAGUGUUUGUACGGGUACAGGAGCCCGAGUACUAUGACAGAAUCAUGCUGUUAGUAGGUGCCAAAUUCGCCGAGAUAGUCAAAGUUGGCGAGAUUAUCGAAGAUGGUCUGAAGUCGGGGAAGAUAGCCCGAGUAUCUGCGUCAUCUGGAUCUUCCGGAUUGAUGAGGAAGAAGAGAGAGGAAGUUGCCGCUGUUUCCUAUGGGGGAAGAAAAACUCCCAGAAACUCAUCGCGUCCUCAAGAUCGCUCCAAGCCUUCACCAAAGUCUCACCAAGCCUAUUGCCCACAAUCCAAUCACCCCAACAACCACAAUACUGCCCCCACCUAUCCAAAUGCUCAAAUUUUGUCGUACCAAAGUCCACCUCCAAAUCUCCAAAAUGUUUCCCCCAUGUACCCAAAUUACCCCCAAUCUUACCAAAUUCCACCCCCUUAUCAGAAUAUUGCUCCCAACUGUGCCAAUGUACAGUCGAGCUACCGAGCACCUCCGCCCACUUAUCAAGUGCAAGCUCCAGCGUAUCAAAACCCCCUCCCGAAUUACCAAGCUCCAGUGCCAAAUUACCAGACAAACCCCUACCCUAGAACCCAAGCUCCUCGCUCAAAUACCCGCAAUUAUCAACAGGUUCCUCCCCCUCAGCAAAGCGGGUAUGAUCCUUCUCGUCCCAGGUUUGAAAAAAGGCCUUCGAGGAACUUUACCUCACUGGCUGAAAGCCGGACCAAACUAUUCGAAAGACUAUCCGCGGCCGGAUACAUCCACCAUAUGGGGCCCAAGCCCGUGGAUGUCAACUCUAAGUUCUACAAAACGGAGCAAAGAUGUGCUUAUCAUUCCAACAGUGUUGGACAUGACACAGAAGACUGUAUCAAUCUUAAGCACAAGAUCCAGGAUCUGAUCGACCAGGAGGCAGUCUCCCUCCAACCGGCGGCGCCGAACGUCAAUACAAACCCGUUGCCGAAUCAUGGGGGUGGCAACAUUAAUAUGAUUGAAACGGACGAAGAUGAGUAUGGAACAAAGAGGAUUACUCCUGUUGCGCAGGAAGACUUGGAAAGGGCUGUCGCUUCUUUAAGCGUCAAAGACAGAAGAGAGUUUGUUAUUCUGACACCUACAAAGGUUGUUGCCUUGGUGCCUUCGAAAACUCUCGUCAAGCCCAAAUUUGUCAUCGAAACCGCUGUGGCCCAAGGCAUGACCAGGUCCGGAAGAUGCUACACUCCUGAUGAGCAUGCUCUCGGAGGACAGAAGAAAGACCAUGCCAAAAGGCCAAUAAGCGAAGCAGAAGCAGAAGAGUUGUGGAGAAGGAUGCAGCCGAAGGACUACUCCAUUGUCAAACAUUUAGAGAAGACGCCGGCUCAGAUCUCCGUGUGGCCCCUACUGAUGAGCUCUCAGUCCCACAGGCAGGCUUUGAUGAAAGCUCUUGAUGAUGCAUACGUACCCUCGGGUACAAGCAGUGAUAACGUGGCUGCCAUGAUUCAUCAAGUUAUUCGGGGGCACCGGAUCAGCUUUUGUGACGAUGAGUUGCCAGCCGAAGGGAGAUCCCACAACAAAGCUCUGCACAUCAAUGUGACAUGCCGUAGAAAGGUCGUCAAUCGUGUUUUGGUGGAUGAUGGAUCUGGUUUGAAUAUAUGCCCCUUGUCGACAUUAAGACAGCUAAGGUUUGACCUCGGAAAAUUGGAGCAAAACCAGGUUAAUGUAAGAGCGUUUGAUGGUGUGCAAAGAGACACAUUAGGGGCAGUGAACUUGACCCUUCAAAUGGGCCCCGCAGAGUUCAGCGCGAAAUUCCAAGUGUUGGAUAUCGACACCAGCUAUAACCUUCUUUUGGGAAGGCCAUUCAUUCACAUGGAUGGAGCCGUCCCCUCCACUCUCCAUCAAAUGAUGAAGCUGGUAUGGAUGAAUGAGGAGCUAGUUAUUCACGGUGAGAGAAGUCACUCAAGCAAGCAGGUGCCGGUCAUUGACGAGAUGCCGCAAGGUGCGGACUUUUACACGGUGGAGUUGGUAAAUGCCACCGAUGAGGAUUUGGCCCCGCAGACCCCCAUGCCAGCCGUGUACAAAAUGAUAGCCACGGUAAUGCUGCAGAGUGGGUUCGAGCCAGGUUUCAGAUUGGGAAGAGAUUCCCAAGGAAUUAUUGAACCUGUUCCGGUCCUUGUUAAAGGAUCCAAAUAUGACUGUGGGGAAGGAAUCUGUGACCUCUUCGAGGAGAUCAAUGCUAUUGUCGAGGAGGAGGUCAAGUCAACUGGUAUUCGUGAUGCUGAACCAGGGGAGGUGCUGCAGAACUGGACUUCCGUGCCGAUCCUGAUGUCCCGAACUCUUCGUAACAUAAGCUACGGACCCGCCAAUGUCAUGUCAUGUCAUGAGCUAAAUGAACAAAAUGAGACAAAUGACGACAAGGUUGACGACUAUGAAGAAGAAAGUGGGGAACCAGAUUAUGUUGCAGAGGAAUUUCGACAGUACGAGAAUCAGCAUAAACCGAAUCUAGAGGAGACGAAAAUGGUGAAUUUGGGAGAUUCGGAAUGUGUCAAAGAGGUUAAGAUCAGCACCCACCUGAAUGAAACUCAGAAGGAGAGCCUGGUUCAUUUGUUUGCCGAAUACAGUGAUGUGUUUGUUUGGGAAGUCGGUGAUAUGCAGGGGUUGAGUACCGAUGUCGUAUCUCAUAAGCUACCUAUCAACCCAGGGUUCGAGCCGGUGAAACAAAAGACUCGAAAAUUCAAGCCUGAACUGAGUUUGAAGAUUAAGGAAGAAAUCACUAAGCAAAUAGAGUCUCGAUUGGUUGAAGUAACCCAAUAUCCAACCUGGUUGGCCAACGUCGUUCCGGUCGCCAAGAAGGACGGGAAAAUCAGGAUUUGUGUUGAUUAUAGAGAUCUCAACAAGGCUAGUCUGAAGGAUAAUUUACCGUUGCCAAAUAUCCAUAUUUUCAUUGACAACUGUGCCAAACAUGAGAUGCAGUCGUUUUUGGACUGUUACGCAGGUUAUCACCAAAUUUUGAUGGAUGAAGAAGACGCGAAAAAAACGGCUUUCAUCACACCUUGGGGUGUAUAUUACUACAGGGUGAUGCCGUUUGGCCUCAAGAACGCCGGUGCCACUUACAUGAGAGCCAUGACGACUAUUUUCCACGACAUGAUUCAUAAGGAGAUUGAAGUGUACGUGGAUGACGUUAUAAUCAAAUCCCGUGAGAGUUCGGAUCAUUUGACACACCUGAGAUAUUUUUUUGAACAUUUGCGUCGGUACAACUUGAAGUUAAAUCCCGCCAAAUGCGCUUUUGGAGUCCCAGCUAGGAAUUUGUUGGGAUUUAUAGUCAGCAGAAGGGCACAAUCAAUAGUGGUGUGUGAGCCUAUUUUCAAGUUGCUGAAGAAAGACGCCCCGACUAAGUGGACUGAGGAGUGCCAAACUGCUUUCGAUGCUAUCAAGAGCUAUUUGUCUAACCGACCGGUAUUGGUUCCUCCGCGAGAAGGGAGUCCUUUGUUGCUGUAUUUGUCUGUUUCAGAUAGUGCCUUCGGAUGUGUAUUUGGUCAACACGACGAGACAGGAAAGAAGAAAAAGGCUAUCUACUAUAUAAGCAAGAAAUUUACUCCAUACGAGUCUCGUUACACUUUGUUGGAGAGAACAUGCUGUGCUCUGACGUGGCUUGCCCAGAAAUUGAGACACUAUUUGUCUUCGUAUACUACAUAUAUCAUUUCCAGAAUGGAUCCAUUGAAGUACAUUUUCCAGAAAGCGAUGCCGACCGGAAAGUUAGCUAAAUGGCAAAUGCUGUUGAGUGAGUUUGAUAUCGUGUACGUGACUCAAAAGGCAAUAAAAACACAGGCUUUGGCUGAUCGUCUUGCAGAAAAUCCCGUUGAUGAAGAAUAUGAACCGCUUAAGACGUAUUUUCACGAUGAAUAA